AGAGUUCACUGAUGCACCCAUUCCAGUGGUGUAAUGGGUUUUUCUGCGGCCUGGGACUGGUGAGCACCAACAAGUCCUGCUCGAUGCCACCCAUCAGUUUCCAAGACCUUCCCCUCAACAUCUACAUGGUCAUCUUCGGCACAGACAUCUUUGUCUUCAUACUCAGCCUCAUCUUCUGCUGCUAUUUUAUCAGCAAACUCUGGAACCAGGCACAGAGCAAACGAUAUGGAUAUAAAGUUGUGAUGCUUAAAGGUGACGCCAAGAAGUUACAGUUAUAUGGGCAGACCUGUACAGUCUGUCUGGAAGACUCCAAGGGGAAGGAUGAGCAGGGUGUGCUCUCAUGCCAACAUGCCAUUCACCACAAGUGUCUGGUGAAGUGGCUGGAAGUACGCUGUGUCUGCCCCAUGUGUAACAAGUCCAUUGCUGGUCCCUCAGAGGCCACCCAGAGCAUCGGGAUCCUAUUGGAUAAGCUGGUGUGAGUGCUGCCUCCAUACCAAGGCCUGGGGAAGACCUCUAGCCUCAUGGGUGCCUGGUCCUUCCGCAAAGCC